AAGGGUUAAGCGUCACUUCGCUCCGGCCCAAAGUUCUCUCUCCAUCUUCAUCCUUCCCCAUUCCCCUAUCUACCGAUCUCUGAAAUCUGAAUCCAUACUUGGCGAACUUCCGAUCUCACGAUGGGUGGCGAUUCAAGCUCAUGGUCGCGAGCGCUGACGCAGAUCUCUCCCUACACCUUCUCCGCCAUCGGAAUUGCCAUCUCAAUCGGCGUUUCAGUUCUCGGUGCUGCCUGGGGGAUCUAUAUAACAGGAAGUAGUUUGAUUGGCGCUGCGAUCAAAGCCCCUCGCAUUACCUCCAAAAAUCUCAUCAGUGUAAUUUUUUGCGAGGCAGUUGCGAUAUAUGGUGUCAUUGUGGCUAUCAUUCUCCAAACGAAGCUUGAGACUGUUCCUUCCUCCCAGAUGCAUGCACACGAGUCCCUCACAGCUGGCUAUGCAAUUUUUGCCUCAGGGAUAAUUGUUGGCUUUGCCAAUCUUGUAUGCGGGCUGUGCGUUGGAGUGAUCGGUAGCAGCUGUGCUUUAUCUGAUGCACAAAACUCCACACUUUUUGUCAAAAUUCUGGUGAUUGAGAUUUUUGGUAGCGCACUGGGGCUGUUUGGUGUCAUUGUGGGAAUAAUCAUGUCAGCUCAAGCAUCUUGGCCAUCCAAGGCUUAGUGAGUUAUGUAGGGUAUUUUGUGCAGUGUAAUAACAGUCUUUUACUCCCAUCUCUCUUCUUGUGUGUUCUAUAUUAUUUGCAUCUGCGCACGUAUUUCGGAAUCAAUAAUCUGUGUUAUUUGAAGUUUACAAUAAUAAGCUAUUGUGCUAUUUUUGGCUAACUUGAAAAA